AAACACUGAUAACAAACGUCACGCCGUCGAGUUCAUCGAUUUUCCACGACCGCCCGACCCACCCGCACCGAAAUAAACAAAACAAACUUUGCACGCACGGUCCUUUUUCUCGCACCUCGUUGCACACCGGAACCGGAUUUACGACUGAAGAGCCAGCGAUAAAAGGCACUGUAACGGCGAACGGUUUCAGCAGCAAGGAAGCCUUUCCACAGCAAGCGCAUCUUCAUUUCUCAAGCACCAUUCAACCCCAUCUGGUAAGCGUGCGCGCGAUCAGCAAAAAGUGUAGGGUUUCGUGAUAGAGCGGUUAGCUAGUUUCCCGCCGCAGUUCGUGUGGAAAAUUGAGCUUCCUUUUCAUUCUGCCACGGCACCCACCCCACGGAGGUUCUUUUUUCGCAAACAGUGCACCCUGUUGUCAAGAGCAGUGUGGUUCGGCAGGGGCACGGUCGUAAAACAUUCGUCAAAGGGUGCGAAUCGUAGUCGUAGUUGGUCAAGAUAGGUCAAACGAACAGCAUGUCCAUGAACGAAGGUAUCGCAGUCGUUACGAAGGUGGUGUCCACCAGCGUUCGUCGUGCACCGGAACCGACCGCCGUACUAACGCGCGAAGACUUUAACGCGGGUCCGAUAAGUUUAGAUGAGAUCGAACCGGGCCUGUGGUUGGGCAAUGCAUCCGCUGCAGCAGACAUGGGAACGCUGGAGAAACACACCAUCCGGAGCAUCCUGUCGAUCGAUUCCGUGCCACUGCCGGUGCAUAUAACGGACCAUCCGAAUCUUCGCGUGCGCCACAUACAGGCAGCGGACGUGCCGCGCGAGGACCUGAUACGACACUUCGAGGACAGCAAUCGCUUCAUUGCGGACAGUUUGGCCGAGGGUCGUCACGUGCUGGUGCACUGCUACUUUGGGGUAAGUCGCAGCGCAACGAUUGUUAUCGCGUACGUCAUGCAAAAGUAUCGGCUCAACUAUGAGGCCGCUUUCCAGCGUGUGAAAGCAAAACGGAUCUUCGUAAUGCCCAACCCCGGGUUUGUGAAUCAGCUCAAACUGUACGGCCGGAUGGCGUACCGGAUCGAUCGUACCAACGAACGGUACAAGCUGUUCCGCCUCCGAUUGGCCGGUGAUAACGUGCGGAAAGCGAAACGUUUGCCCACAGAGUGUAUGGACGUGGUGAAGACGGAUCCGGGCGUGACACAGGAAUCACCCGAACCGUACGUCUACCGGUGCCGCAAAUGUCGCCGUGUCGUUGCCUCCCGAAGCAACUUGCUGCUGCACAAACCAAAGUCAGCCACGCUAGCUCAAUCGCCGGCAAAGGUUGGCCGCGAACCGGAAGCCACACUCGAGGAGGAAGGAACGAGCGACGAAGCCGAGUGCGACGGACAGCCCCAGAUGAAUGCGGAUGGUGAAAAUGUGGCCGACCACGUAACGCACGUUCAAACUGCCGUGGCAACGGGAUCAUCGCCCAGCAGUGGUGGUGGGAUGAACGAGCUGGCGGAACAGGUACGUCGCAGUUCGAUUAGCAGCGAACAUAGCAACCGGUCGUCCGAGAAGGAUACACCGAUGUGCAAUAAAAUAUUUUUCAUCGAGCCACUUGCAUGGAUGACGGACAUUUAUCGCAACACGCAGGGCCGACUGUACUGUCCGAAGUGUACCGUGAAGCUGGGCAGUUUUAACUGGGUGAUGGCCACAAAGUGUCCAUGCGGUGCGGAAAUUUAUCCGGCAUUUUAUCUCGUUCCUUCGAAAACGGAAUAUUCCACCGUGGUUCAAAAUGUGCAAGUUACGGUGUAAGAGGUGAGUUCUGUCGCGUUACAACACGAUACCAAAGAGUAGAUGAAAAAGAAUGCGCUUCAUUUCGUAUUUAUUGGCAUUUGUUAUUAAUUAUUGCCAUACGUCGUUAUUGGAUUUCCCUUUUUUGUGUUGCGUUGCCCUCAAAUGAUGUGAACGUGAACGUGAGUUAGGACUAGCGUUAGGACUUUACCGUGCAUGGCAUAGAAAGGAUUCAAAUGAGCCGUGAAUAUAUUGGUGGUAGUAGUUUAAAAAGGAUAAUGGUACUUGAAAAAAGAUGCUGCCGGAAAACAUCCGCUCACUGAUCGAUUGAAAAUCGCUAAAAAUAGGUCAAUUGAUGGCGUAUUUACCAACACAUCUCCCUACGGUGGUAAAUGGAAAAAAAAUGAUGAUGAUGGUGCCGAUGAUGAUGAUGAGUGACAAUGGCAUUGACGUAGAAGGAAACUUUGCCAUCCUCUCUGCUUUGAGUGAUCGACAAAGGAGGCGAAACAUGCACAUCGCAUGCACUAUGAUUCUUCUUUGUUUCUAUGGUUAUUUUUCCGAUGCAACGUGGUAGAGCAAACGGCCGAAACGCAAUCGAUUCCGUAGCCGUCGUAGUAGUAAAAACGCUUUAAUUAGCAGCUUAAUUUUGGUUGUGAUGUUUAACGCAUAAUACUUAUCAUUGAUUAUGAAGAUUGUUAGGAAUUUUAUUACUUACACAAAGGUACAAAAAUAAGCGACACCCUACCUACAACCCAAAUAUUCCAGAAACGAGCCGCAUCAUGUCAUGACUCCGUCAAGCGUCUUCCCGCGGUCGGCUAGAGAGUGUUGGGAUAUCUGGGUGAAGGGUGUUGGCUAGAAGAGCUUGAACGGUUUUAGUAUAAAUUUGCUCGCUCUCAACAUGACUUUCUUGAUGCAUCUUGAUAAUAAUGUAACGUUAGGUUUAAGCGGUCUAAACUCUCACAAUACGGGAUAAACUAUAAAGGAAUACAUGUGUAGCGGUCAGUAUUUAAUCAACAAUUUAGAGAAACAAAAAAAAACAAUAGCAAAACUCGAUGGAAGACGGUGAUUAGCAGGCUCUAGCAGCAGCAGCAGCAGCAGCAGCAUAAUUCAAGCAUGUAUAUUGUGCUCAGCGCAAUACUUAAAUAAUAAUACAAUAAUCUAUACAAUUUGCUACCCUGCUUACGGAAUACGGAAAUUAUGGUGUCACAUAAUAUUCCAACAAGGAAAAUCAAAUCAAAAUGCAAAGGAUAAUAGCUUCUUAUACUGUAAGCUGGAACUUAAUAUUUGUUAAGCCUCCUCGUGUACAUUGUGUGCUGGGAGAGAGAAAGAGAGGUUGUUUGGGGAUAACAAUUGGGACAAGGGUUAUCCGAUUUCGGACAUACGGGUUUGGCGAAUGAUUUCUUACGGUUAGGCUUAACUGCACCCGUACGAAUGGCAACGGGUUUAUGCCUCAUGAACGAGAUACUGAAGUGAUAAAAUCACCGGUGUAUGUAAGCCAUUCGGGGUGUUUCGUUAAUUGUUUUUGUGUUUUCCAAAUUUGAUGAUACAGCAUAAAAGGAAGAGAAGGUACAAAAUCUUAGCAUAUUUCGAUCGAUCGAGUCAUAAUGACAAAAAAAAGGACUAAGGAGCAGAAUAGGCUCACAAGUUGUACGGGGCGCAACUGUUUACAAGUUGUGUGAAAGUUCACGGUGAAAUGUGUGCAUGAGUAUUAAGGACAUAAAAGUAAUAUUUAAAUUAACCGUUAAUUAAGUAAAAAAAUAUUAAAAGUUGUUGUAAGCUGUAAUGAACGUUUGUUAAAAUUUUCAUUAGACAUUUUAUCAGUUUUUAUCAACUUUUUCAAUGGUUUUAAUUAGUUAAAUUAUAAUUUUAAUCAUUACUAAUCCAUAUUCGAUCAUUUUUGAUAUUAAAAAAAAAUAAUUAUUUUGUUUUAAAGUAUAUUUUUACUAAAUAGUUCAUAAGCUUGCUAAAAGCUACAAAUACUAGAUAAAAGAGUAAUUUUCAGCAUUAAUAACAAUAAUUUAUGUACGUGACUUAAUAAAAAAAAGUUUAUUAUUCAUUUAUCUCAAACUUUGUAGAAAAUUAUACAACUACUAAAACUACAUUUUACUACGCCAAAUGAAAAUGCUUUUCACAGUUUAUGAACACAACUUGCUGUGAGUUUAAAUUAAAUCGUUUCGUCCUAUCUCGUCAUGUUCUCAUUCCACUAUGCACUUCCACGAAAGCUUGUGUGCGAGUGUGUUACAUGCAACUUGCGUGCCUAUUCUGCUCCUUAGCCAAAAAAGGAUUUAAAUCGAACAAAAACACAGCACAAUCUUAACAGCGUUAAAAGAGGAAAAUACGGGUGAACACACCAUAAAGAAGUAUACACUUAUAUUGAUGGGCCCUUUUGAAGGUAGGGAAACCAAACCGUAAGGUCGACGUAGUGCGGCACAUGUGCCGGAAUGUCAGUGUGCCGCACACAACACAAGAUAAUCAAACUGUAUUUGCAUACUGCUGGCUGCUCGCCAUACUGGCUCUUGUGGACGUGUGGUCGCGUCUUGCCGUUGCCACCAAUUACCCGAGGCAAAUAUUAUUAGUGUAACUCUUUUUGCAACACAUGCCGCCUGUCCCAUCGUAGCAGUGCGAAGAGUAUCAAACUAUAAAACAAAUGAAAAACCAUUAUUAUACAACUGUACAACACAUAAGCGGAAUCAAACGAAUAAAAUCUGUUUCAAUGAAUAAAAAACC